GCGCCGCGGCCGCUGAGCCCCGCGCCGCCGCCCGCCGCCCCCACCCCGCGCCGCUCCGGCCGCCCCGCGGCUCCCCCCGCCUCGCCCCCGCCAUGGGGCCGCGGCACCUGCUGCUGCCGCUCCUCCUGCUCUCCCUGCAGCUCCUGGCCCUGCUGCUGGCCGCGCAGGCGGCCGGGCCCCCCCGCGCCAAGGGCAACCGGACCCAGGGGGCGGCGGCGCCGCGGCGGACCCCCAAGCCGGGCAAGGAGCUCCUCAACCAGACGCUGCCGGGCCCGGGGGCGGCCGCCCCCACGGCGCUGCCCGGGCGCGGCAAGGGCGCGGGCGGCGGGAGGACGCCCCCCGGCGGCGGGGGCGGCGGCGGGGCUUCGGCCCCGGCGCACGAGACGUGCUGGGGGUACUACGACGUGAGCGGGCAGUGGGACAAGGAGUUCGAGUGCAACAACAGCCUUACGGGGUUCCGCUACUGCUGCGGCACCUGCUUCUACCGCUUCUGCUGCAACAAGCGCGCCGAGAAGCUCAACCAGAGCCUGUGUCGCAACUACAAGAGCCCCGAGUGGGCCCACCCCACCACCUCCAGCGGUGCGCUGCCCGCCGACGGCAGCAACGGCGCUGACGGAGAUGCCGACAAGUACGACCCGGACAAGGACAGCACCAAUGCCACCGUCUACAUCUCGUGCGGGGCCAUUGCCUUUGUGCUCAUCGCUGGCGUCUUUGCCAAGGUGGCCUACGACAAGGCGCGGCGCCCACCCCGGGAGAUGAACAUACACAGGGCUCUGGCUGACAUCUUAAGGCAGCAGGGACCAAUCCCAAUAGCACACUGUGAAAGAGAGACUAUCUCGGCCAUAGAUACCUCCCCCAAAGAAAACACCCCAGUUAGGACAUCUUCCAAAAACCAUUACACCCCUGUGCGCACCUCCAAAAGUAACCCAGGUCACUAUGGAAAGGAUAUUUAUCGAAGUGGAGGGCCAGAUCUCCAUAAUUUCAUCUCCUCCGGGUUUGUCACAUUAGGAAGAGGACACACGAAGGAUGACCAAGAACAAAAUUAUAGUCACCUGAUACUAAACAGUGCCACCCAGACACCUACACAUGACAAGCCACGGAUGAACAACAUCCUUACUUCUGCCACUGAACCUUAUGACCUGUCCUUCUCCCGGUCCUUCCAGAAUCUCUCUCACCUCCCACCAUCCUAUGAGUCUGCAGUCAAGACAAACCCAAGUAAAUAUUCUUCUCUGAAGAGACUAACUGACAAAGAGGCUGAUGACUAUUACAUGAGGAGGAGACACCUGCCUGACCUGGCGGCCCGAGGCACACUCCCUAUCAACGUCAUCAAAAUGUCGCAACAGACCAACCACAGGGAUAGGCCCCGCCGGCCCAUCAGGGCCAUGUCCCAGGACAGGGUGCUGUCCCCUGAGAGGAUCAUGCCCGAGGAGUUUAGCAUGUCCUAUGAACGGAUCCUCUCAGACGAACAGCUUCUGUCCGCAGAGCGCCUCCACUCCCAAGACCCUCUGCUCUCCCCGGAGCGUUCAGGGUACCCAGAGCAGUCUAUGUCACGGGCAUUGUCACACACAGACGUCUUUGUUUCAACACCUGUCUUGGAUCGCUACAGGAUGACAAAAAUGCACUCCCAUCCUAGUGCCUCAAAUAACUUCUACAAUACCUUAGGUAUGAACCCAACUUCUGCCAAGCGCCAAGCGUUUGCCUCCCGACGGCAUAACACAGUAGAACAGCUGCAUUAUAUCCCAGGACACCACCAUCACUACCGCACAGCGAGCAAAACAGAGGUGACUGUUUGAUAUGACCCUGUGCAUUGUAGAUUUUCAUUAAGGACUGGGGUGGUCACAGCACCCUAUACUGCAGUGGCCUUAUAGGCCAAGAUAACCUCUAAUAACUCAGUGUCUGAAAGACUUCUCAAACAGUCCCAUCCGCAUUGUUUUUAAAGCCACCCCCUACAUUGGUGACAUAAGAAGAACCUAAGCAAACAGGCGAUAGUGAGGGAUAAUGGAGGUUAUUUCCUAACAUGCAUCAGUUUCUGUCAAAGAAAGCCAUAGUAGUAGAUGGCUCCUUCCAAGGGCUCACCUGCACUAUCUCAUUGUUUUUAAUGAAUUUAGGACUUUUCAGUUGCUACAAGCAGAACCACUCUCAUGCAGCCCAUGACAGGAGAGAGGAAAUGCAGCACCCCGUCCUGGCAGGAAGGUGCCCUGUUGCCAUCUCUCAUGUCAGCCCUGAUGUUUGACCUUUCUGUAGCAAGUAGUUAAGAUUUCGACUGCCUGGGGAUUAUCUCCAGAUCAUUCAAUAUCAGCCAGCACUCAUAUAGCUAUUCUUCCUCACCCUUGGAGUGAAUUCAAGGGCAGACUUUCCAAGGGGACUGGUAGAUCUAGGGACAAGAAUAGCCUGGCUGAGAAAUGAAGUUUUAGUUUAUAUUAAAUAUACUCAUAAGAUAAAAAUAUACUAGUGCCUACAAAUCGCCUGCUCUCUCAGUGUAGGAAGUAGUGGGGUCGAUGUGUUCAAUAAGCACAAAUAUGCUGAAAUGCUUGUUAGACCCUUUCCCCACUCAUUCUAGUAUCUUGGUGUCUACGACAUGUAAAUAGGAAGGAGGAAUAGGGUUUCUGUUCCUUCAGCUUCUUGCCACUGCUGAACCUAAAGCGCCAGAAUUUGUUCAGCUUUGCACUGCUAACCUGUGCUAGAAGUCCUGACUCCACUGAAACUCCUACCAGGCAAGGCUACCACUGAUUUCACUGAGCCUGGAUUUCUCCCCAGAAGUUUCCUUUCCUGUCAGCAUUUUCCACCGGCCCAUAUGUUUCUGAGCAUAUUUCCUCCAUUCAGUUACAACCUAGAACUCCAUAUGUAGCAAAUCUUUUCCUAGCCCUUAGCAGAAACACUAAGCCAAGUGUGUCAGUAUACCAAAAAGCUGGUUGGUCAUUUUCCAUGAUCGUCUCACCAUGUAAUGGCCUAAAAAAGCCAUCCAAAUGCCAGUUCCACUGAGUCCCAAUCCUAGCCACAUAGACAGUCACAUUUCAUGCAAACAAAUUAUGUAUCCAGCAUAAUUGUAUUAAAUGGGCAUGUUGUAUAUCUGAUAUAAUGCUAAUUAGAUACUAUAUAUUUGUGAAAUCUUUUAAAAAUAGACUCAUGGGUCCAGAAUUUGUGAGGGUUUUAUGUUUGGCUUUCUGGGUGGGUUGGGAUUUGCUUUGGGUUUUUUUGGUUGGUUGGUUGAUUAGUGGCUUUGGGUUUUUUUUGUUUUUUUUUUUUCUUGUAUAUCUGUUCCUAUCAAAUUUUGUGGAAUUAACUCACACUAGAACAUACUUCUGUAGCCAGGAAAGGGUCUCAGAAGUUUUGAAGGCCAGCCAGACCAAGCGCUGUAAUAGCAUUAAUGCUGGACUCUCUCCAGCAUUCGCAUACCAUGGUGCAUACUCAAAGCCCCAUCACAUGCAUGCACCCAUGUUGCUGUUCCAAACAACAGGCAUGCUUCCUCCUCCUUAGGCUCAAAAGAUCACUGACUUCAGGUUGUAACACAUUCCCAUACAGUACUUCUCUCUUCAUGUGCUACAUUUCCACAUCUCUUUCUUCACUAAACCAUUUAAUUAACUCUGCCCUUCACUUUCCCCUCAAAUAGCCUUAUAGUUCCCAGUUCCACACUCCACUUCUGUAGCAUAAAAUGCCUGCAGGUUGUUCUCAGCUUGAGUCUCAUGUGGAGGCUGAUAAUGUGCACCUAGCUGUUCUGGUGCAAGGUAGGCAACAGGAGUGUGCUGUCUUCCGCAGGGGGAAUUUAGAGAUAGACCUCAGUGGGAUAGACAGGUUGGCUUUCACUGUGCUGCAGCUUUCAAAAGAGAUCCAAGGUACUUCUCUUUCCCAGACUGUCCUGGCAUUGUUGGUCCUAGUUCAUGGGCUUACUUCUGCCUCACCCAACACAGACCGUAUUCAGAAUAGAUUCCAUUGGAGAGAAAUACUGGGGCUUUGUUUGACGGAAACUGAGCUGUGAAGGAACAAAUAACUGUCUCCAUGGUUCAGAUUGUCAAGUUCAUUAUUGUGCAACCUUGGGCAGAAUCUCUCUGGGUGACACCCAGAUUUUUUUAUGAAUCACUGUGGCAGAUCAUGACCUGGGAUCAAGAAAGGAAAGGCCUCUCCAGAACUCACUCCUCAUGUCCUGACUCCUUACCUUGAUGGACACUCCUCUCCCCUGACUACCUCCAAGCUCCUCAGCUCAGUCACUGGAUAUUUCUUAAAAGGCAAUUCCAUGUGAAAACAUUGCCCUUGGUGACCUCCCUGCUGUCUAAAGUUUUGUGGCUGAUUUGAAGAGAACAGAAACACACAUGGCUGAUGGAGAGGCAGUCUCUGCUGAGGUUCUGAAUCUCUUCCAUUCUCCUCUUGGCCCAGACAAAUCUGGGAUCAUCGCCUCUGCAAGCAGGGGUAUGUGAACACUGUGGGAGAGGAGAGUCCACCCUAGAGUCUCCAGGACUUGAGGUGGCAGAGCCCAUGGAGCAGAGGUGACCGUGUGAGGCCAUGAGUAAGUGAACACUCAUUUCCAGUUACAUGGCCACGUGUCCCAAGUGAUAGUCUUUGUUUAAAUGUUCAGUUCAUGAAUAAGGAAGCUGCUGGACCAAGUGCAAAAACAGAGGCUUUUCACUCAAGUACCCUGUGCAGAUGCUGUGCUGUGCUGUGUUCCAGGCCAUUUGACAUCAGAGCCUUCUCUUACUGACUGACGAAUAUCACAGGCCCUCUGCUAGCCUGUACUAUCUGGGCAAUAAUCCUCCAAGAAAUGCUGGGCCCGUCUCCUGGUCUCUUCCACUCAUGCAACUGUUUCAAACAGUUGUGUUCCAUAACAACCAUCAAAAAGCCUUUCUAGGCAAAAAUCUCUUCAGGGACUCUGCCACCAUGACAGAAAAUUUUCGACAAAUUUCUCUGAGAAGGUCCCCUUACCUGGAUGGCCAAAGUUUGUUUCUAGGAACCAUGUGUUCCUGUGGUUUGCUGUGUGUGCUGGAAUUGGUUGAUAUCUUGAACAAUGGUAUUUCAGUAUGCACAGAUGUUAUUUGAUUUUUUCUCAUUAUCCCUUGUUCCUGAAAGUUUUUCACUGAAAGGACACAUGGUCCAAGACUGGGAGUCAUGAUGAGCCUGGCCCCCAGCACUUUGGUUCCCUGUGACCCAAGUAUGAUGGUAAUAGUCACAAUUUCCUAACCCAGAGAGGCAAUGUGAGGGUUCAUACCAUAAUGUCUACGGAGUUCUUUGAGACCCUCUCAAAAUAGACACUGUAGAACAGGAAACAUUUUUAUUAAUCCUGUUUGCCAGAAAACCAUUGUCCUGCCGCAUCACGUCUGGUGUGUUGUAAUCCAGUGUCUGUCCAGAAUGAGAGUGUUGGAGUUGGUGGGGGCAGCUUCCCCCAAAUCCUACUUCUUUCCUUCUGGACAUGGUUCCACUAGCAGGCAGCAGUAUUUAGAGAUGCUGUUACUUGCACUUUGACUUUUCUGCUUACUUCUCCUUAUGUCUGAGUCACCAUCUCAUUCUGUACUCAGGAGAAAAGCAGGAAGCAGUCACAUUCCUCUGUAUAGUAAAAUACAAUCUGCCUUGAUUAAUCUAAUAUACUCUGAAGGAUUGAUCUGUCUUUUUCUCCAAUCCACAGGUGGAAACACACAUCUGUGCAGCACCCAGUUCCCAGAGUGCAUGUGCAGGGAGUGGGGGAGGGUGAUGUUGAAAAAUUUAUAUUAUUUCCUACAAACUGAUAAGUAUUCACAUUCCCCAAGCAGCAACAUGCAAUAGUGAGUUGCACUGGGUUUUGUACAACUCUUUCAUUAAUACAGAUGUAUGUAUGUAUAUGUAUACACACACACACACACACACACACACACACAUAUAUAUAUAUGCAUACAUACUGUAGAAUGUAAUCAGUAAGUUCUGACUGACCCUGUAACAGUCUAAUCUUCCAAAAUAUAUUGACUCAUUCUUUGAAAUACAGAAAACUAUUUUUAAUGAACCACACAUCACCAUAUGGAAUGGAAAUUUUAUCAUAAAAGUCUUCUAAUGACAGCGAAUUGUGUUUUAAAGGAAAAAUGAAAAUGAAAUAUUUUUCAAUGUUUUAAUGUUCCUUUUAUAAAUAAAGUUCUGUUAUUUGCUGCGGGGGGGGUGGGGGAGGGGAGUGGGCAGGGGGAGAAAUAGGGACAGUUACCCAGGAAUAAGCCCUCCUUUCCUGGCCUACAUUUAAUUUCUACCUACUGUUCUGCUUUCCUGGCAGGCUGCAAAGCUAAUUCCAUGAAUCUAGGCUUCCUGCAUGCAUAUUUUGGUUCUUGUGACUAUCAGCAGCUUUCCCGUCAGAAGACUGCAAGAGCCUGGAAUCAUGGUUUUGUGAGAGAUGGGUAGUUCCUGGUAGCUGGGAAGAUUUCUUCGUCGUCUUCUUCCACAGCAAACAAACCCAUCAUGAAACAGGGUAACUUCAAUUGUGUUUGUUGUAAGUAAGUGGUCUAAUUUGUGAUCAGUUUGCCAUCUUCAGUUUGUGUAAUGGAAAAAUAGCUAGUUUAGCUUUGUUUCAGAUUUAGUGAUUAAUCUGGAAGGAGGCACUCUCUGAAAUAUGUUUAAUACAUAUAGAUUUAAUGUUCAGGUAUAUUUCAGAUGAGUAAAAAUAUAUUACGGGAAAGAAGUGAGAAGGGGGCUUAAAUAUUUUCGUUAAAAGUGUUGUUAGCAAUAAGCCUGUGUUGGGGCUGUUUCUGAGUGAAUAGCCACUUCUGUGUUGUAUGUUCAAAAGUGGAUCAUAGAAGAUAUCGUCGUUCCCAGCAUCUCUUAGCUGGUUCAAGGCUGUAAUGGAGGUGCCCCCAAAAUCCAACUGGGAAAACCAACCUACGUUUCACCUCCUGGAGCCCUGGCGGUAAGGGGAGCAUGGGAACAAUCUCAUUGUUUGAACACAUUGAUGUAAAUCUGAAAGUGAUCUAUAAUCUCAGCAGCUAGCAAAACCGCGUCCUGUGUCUCUGCUGUGACUCCACGACGUCUGGGAGGUCUCCAUCAGCACCAUCUCCACCGCAGCGAGACGGCGUCAUGCCAUCCUGACGUCCUGCCCACGUGCUUCGUAAUAGCUUCUGACCUUCAGUCUGUAAACCCAUUAGAAAUUUUUGUAGCAAGAAUUUCUUGGCUCUGAGAAAGACACUUCUUACUGUACUAUUUUUAGUUUGGGGGACAAUAUUUCCUAAGAGGAGUUAAGUGGAUAUUUUUGUGCUUUAGCCCAGUUUAUGGAUUCCAUGUUUAUUAUACAGUAGUACUAAAGAGGAAGUACAUUUGUAUCUGUAACUUUGCACAGACUCUUGGUUAACCAUUAAAUAAGCUUCAAGAUGAGCAGUAUUUGACUGUUUUUCUCUGUAUUAUUCUUGUUGUUAUACUUACCUGUAAAAGCACAUUCUGUAUGUACUGUAAACAAAAAUAUUAUCAGUUUAGUAAAAUUUAGAGUCUUAAGGAUUUUUCCACUUUUGUCAGUAACAAAUAUUUAUGGAUUCAAAAAUAAAGGCAAUUUCAACAUAUAAAUUGUUUCUUUUUUGAUAUCUAUUGGGGAAAAAUAAAAGGCCAUUUUCUUGGCAUCAUUCCCAAUCUUUGUAACCAGCAUUUGAAAGGUAGAUAUCUAUAUUUCUGUGUGUACUUAAAUAGCAUCUAUUAAAAUGAAUGCUACAAGG